AUGGCUGCUUUUUCAAAAUUAAGAGGAGAAAAAUUAAUUAUUAUAAAGUAAUAAUUAAUUUUUUAACCAAAAACUAUAUUUUUCGUUUGUGUUUAUUUGAUAAAUAUUUAAAAUAGUGCUUGCUGUUUUAUGAAAAUGAACCAUCAUUAAAAUUUUGAAUAAUUUUAAUUUUGUUCUUAACUUGUAUGGUCUGUUCCAUCCCUCUUUGGGAUUAAAGUUACAGAGUUUUUGAAGCACAAUUUGAAUGAAAAGCGUCAUGAGGAAUAUGUAAAAAAGUCAAAUAUUAAUAUUCCAGCAGAUUUGAUUGCUUACAUUUUUUAAUGUUCAGAACUGCUUGAAGUAGAGACGAUUGUCCAUUUCCAUUCUAUCCACUUAUUUCACUUUUACUUAGAGAGGAAUCCACAUGAAUUGAAGAGUGACUUGUAGCUAGUGUGUCUCGUUUGUCUGAUGCUUUCAUCGAAGUUAUAUGAGAAAUGUUAGAUAUGUGCAGAUAAUAUCAUUUACAUAUCUAAUUAUUCAUACACCAAACAAGAUAUCCUAAAAACAGAAAACAAAAUUUUAACUUCAUUUAAUUUCUAAAUCACACUAAGAGAUGAGCUAUUAGUUGACAAAGUCAUGAUUUUUCUAAAACUACUUGACCCUCUUGUAGCCUCAAAUACCUUAGAAGUGUUCAUUAAGAUAUCUAUAUAGCUAAUUGAGGCCCUCUACGAAGAUUUUUUGUACAUAAAGAACUUCCCAGAUAUGAAUUUGCUAUCUGCAUCAAUAAUUUAAUGUGCAUCCGUCCUUUUAACAAGACAUACAGGAAAUAUGCCAAUUAUUUUAAGAUUAAGCAGUUUGAUAAAGCAAAAUCAAUUAACAGUCUUGUAAGUUUCUCAUUAAAUAUUUAAGAAAAUCCUUAAAAAAGAGUUUAUGAAAGGAUUCUCCUUUUGA